AUGGCCGUUAAGGAAGAUACUGAUAUUUGUUUGAACAUCACUGGGAAUACGACGAAUUCCGAGAAAACCACCGCACAAAUUGUUAACGAGAUGUGUCUGAAAAAGUUAAAUAGACCCUCUAUCGAAAGAGUGAAGAGGCCUUUCAAAAAGUUUCACGCUAUCGAAUCUUCGAAAGGUCUUUUAAUCGGGGCCAAGAAAAGAAUAAAACAAAAGUCUUUAGUCACUAUUGUUUCGAAUAACUUGAAAAGAGCGAAUCGGCCUACCGCAGUUCCUAAACGUUCUAUUUUAAAAAAGUCCACCGCUAUUAUUUCACACGAAAAUGCAAAGCCACUGUCCAACGAAUCGUCAAAAGAUUUAAAAUCAUUAGCAGGAAAAACAAAAAGUAAUGUACAAAACAGGAAGAACAAAUGCGAUGGAACUUUAAUAUCUUUCACAAAGAAUGUCAAAGAUAAUCCCAUUAAAACUAUUUUGGCUAAAAAGAGAAAACGUGAUGGGGAUAAACCAAGCCAAUCUCUUUCGAGUAUUUUCAAAGUGACCGAUUCGAAGAAAGUGAAAUUUCUUGAAAGUAACGAUACGGAUAGUAAAUUUACAAGUGAACAAGUACAAAAACCCGAAAUGUCCGAUUCAACUGUUUCCACUGUUUCAAAUAUAAAAAGUAAACCUCCUGAUGGAUUAAAGAAAUCAAGAGUCGAUAAGAGUGUAGAAAAAAAUUAUAAAACAAAAGCUGAUUUUAAAAGAAAGAAUACACGUUCCCGUUUACAUCAAACUGGAAAUUUUUUUUCACUGUUUAAGAAUAAUCCUUCUGUACCCAACAUAGGACAGAGGCUUGUCAAACCAAUUAACGAGGAGGUUUUUUCUGCAGAAAAAUUUAGCGAUUUAGGUAUUCACGUAUUUACGGUCUUAAAUUUAGAACAAAAUAUGAAUAUUACAACGAUGACUACGGUUCAAAAAAUAGCAAUUCCUGUAAUUUUAUCUGGUAGCGAUACUUUAAUAAGAUCGCAAACAGGAUCUGGCAAAACUCUUUCUUACGCAUUACCAAUAAUUGAAAAUUUACAAAGUGUUAAACCAAAAUUAACUAGAAUUAGUGGUAUAAAUGCUCUUGUGAUAGUUCCGACACGAGAACUUGCCCUUCAGACGUAUGAAUGCUUUUUGAAAUUAAUCAAACCGUUUACUUGGCUUGUACCAGGUUAUUUAGUCGGUGGAGAAAAAAGAAAAGCAGAAAAGGCUAGAUUAAGAAAAGGUUGUAAUAUCUUAGUUGCGACACCUGGAAGAUUACUAGAUCAUAUAAGACACACAAAGGCCUUAAAGCUUGACAGUAUUAAGUAUUUUGUCUUAGACGAGGCAGAUAGAAUGCUUGAUAUGGGUUACGAGAAGGAUAUUUCAGAAAUUGUUGAUGUACUUAAAAAUACACCUUCGGAAUCUAGUAAUUUAGAAUACGAUGCUUUAAGUAUGCUUCGGCAGCACAUUAAACCAAACGCUGAUGAUAAAAAUGUAAAUGAAAAUUUAGAUAAUCAAAAUAAAUUUGAUAAUAAUGUAGUAGACGAUAUGGAAGGAAUGAAAAAUGAAAAUGCAAAUAAACAGAAUCAAUACCACCAAUUAUGUAGAAAUGACGUUGAGCAUAAAAAUGCAUCUAAAGUAUCUAGUAAUAUGGAAUACGAUGCUAUAAGUAUGCUUCGGCAGCACGCUAAAUCAAAUUCUAAGACUAAAAAUGUAAAUGAUAAUGUAGAUAGUCAAAAUAAAUUUGAUAAUAAUAUAGGAGAUGAUACGGAAGGAAUGAAAAGUAAAAUUACAAAUAAACAGUAUCAAUACCAAUUUCGUAGAAACGACGAUCAACUUAAAAAUAAAUCUAAAGUAUCUAACAAUUUGGAAUACGAUGCUUUAAGUAUGCUUCGGCAGCACGCUAAAUCAAAUUCUAAGACUAAAAAUGUAAAUGAAAAUUUAGAUAAUCAGGAUAAAUCUGAUAAUAAUAUAGAAGAUGAGACAGAAGUAAAAAAAAGUGAAAUUUCUAGAAGACAAUAUCAUUCGGAUACAGAUGAAGAUAGCAAUCAUGAAUCUGAUCUGGUAAAUUCAAAGUCAGUAUUGUCAUUAGAUAAUAAAAGAAACGAGGAUGAGAAAAUAAUUCCUGAUAUUAGCAAAUCACCAAAAAGGCAAACUAUCUUGUUAUCCGCAACUUUAACUCAUGCAGUAGAGAAACUUGCUGGUUUAACAAUGCAUAAUCCAGUUUUUGUCGAUGCUGCCAAAGACAAUGUAGAGGCUAGUGGAGGAAGUAUGAACGAAGCAAACGAGGAUUUGAUUGUUCCACAAAGUGUCGUUCAAAGUUAUAUUGUAACUCCACCAAAACUUCGAAUGGUCACAUUAAGUGCUUACAUUGCUGGAAAAUGUCGAAAUCAAGGAAACCAUAAGAUUUUGAUUUUCAUGGCUACCCAAGAUAUGAUAGAUUAUCAUGAACAGAUUUUAUCUUCCAUAUUAAAUCAACCCAUUGACGAUGAAGAUGAAGACUCGGAUGCUCUAGUAGGUAUCGAGUUUUUCAAAUUACAUGGAAAUAUGUCUCAAAAAGAUCGAACAGAGGUCUUUAAAAUUUUCAAACAGGCAAAUAAUGGCGUUCUUCUAUGCACUCUAACGUUGAAAGAUACGGGCAAAAAAUUUCAUGCCACGAAAUCUUAUGAAAAAAUAGCCAACAAAAACGAGAGGUAA